AUGAACGAACAGAUGAACCAUUAUUAUGCUUUCGAAAUUUUAGAAAAAGAAGUACCACAAGUACGUGUUUUAUUGAAAGGUGCAAAUAAUGAUAUUAAACGAAUGCAAGAAAAGAAAAAAAUUAAUGAUGAGGUUUAUUUGUUAGAUAUAAUGAAGUUCUUAUCAGUGAAUGAUAAUUAUUUGGUUCCUGAAUGGUUUAAAUUAUAUCAAAUUUUAACAACUUUACCUAUUGGAUCUAAUGAAUGCAAACGAAGUUUCAGUGCACUGAAACGAAUUAAAAUCAAACUACGAAAUAAUCUCUCAUAUACAGUGUUAGAAACGGCUGUGAAAUUUAGCAUAUUAAAACCGGAUGUUACUGAUGAUGAUGAUUUAGAUAAUAAUAACGAAGAAAAUAUCGAUCAACUGGAUAGCAAGAUCAUUGGAUGUUUCAUCUAA